AUGGUUAGACAACAUCAAGACAAUUAUAUCAUUCGAUAUCGUCAGCUGUUCCAUCAAUACAUUGUUGAUAUGUAUGCUAAGGUUGAAAGCGAACGCUUGCGAUUCCUUCGAUUUAACCAGGCAAAACUACGAUCGGAAGAAUAUAUUCACUUACGAGAUGCUGUUGCUGGAAACAUCGAUGGAAAUUUAAAUCCCAAUGACAUCGGUAAUGCUUUCAUUUUACCUUCAAGUUACAUCGGCAGUCCAUGGAACAUGCAGGAAUACAUACAAGAUGCGAUGACUUACGUACGUCAUUACGGCCGACCGGAUUUAUUUAUUACAUUCACAUGUAAUCCGAAUUGGGAAGAGAUACAAACUUUACUAUUGCCAGGACAACAAGCCAUUCAUCGUCAUGAUUUAACUGCACAGUGGCAAAAGCGAGGUUUGCCUCAUGCCCACAUUUUGGUUUGGCUUAAAGAUAGAAUCCGUCCUGAAGAAAUCGAUCAAAUAAUUUCAGCCGAAAUUCCAGACCCAUUAAUUGAUCAUGAAUUAUUUGAUAUUGUCACCAAACACAUGAUCCAUGGGCCAUGCGGUGCUUUCAACAUGACGUCACCGUGCAUGGAAAAUGGAAAAUGUAAAAAAAACUUCCCAAAGCCGCAUACGAAUGACACGAUCACGGAUAUUGAUGGUUAUCCAAUGUAUCGCCGCAGAAGUACUGGGAAUGGUGGCAACACAUUUACAAUGCGACUGCCGAACUUUCCAAAUCAAGUUGAGUUUGAUAAUCAGUGGGUGGUACCAUGCUCACCACUACUUUCAAAAAUUUACAAAGCUCAUAUCAAUGUUGAGCUUUGCAGUUCUGUUAAAUCAAUUAAGUAUAUUUGUAAAUAUGUAAACAAAGGCAGUGAUUUGGCCAUAUUUGAAGUACAAAACAUAAAUAAAAAUGACGAAAUAGCACGAUACCAAAUGGGCAGAUACAUUAGCAGCAAUGAAGCUAUUUGGCAUAUUCUCAGCUUUCCCAUCCACGAAAGAGAUCCUGCUGUCCAACACCUGGCAAUACAUCUUGAAAACGGUCAACGUGUAUACUUCACUGAAGAAAAUGUUCUCCUUAGAGCGUUCGAAGCUCCGAAAACGACUCCAACUGAAUUUUUUACAUUGUGUCAAAAACCUGAUGUUUUUGGCCAAUUCGCGAAGACAUUGGUGUAUGGUGAUGUUCCACGUUAUUUCACAUUUAACAAAUCCAGUAAAAAAUGGGAGCCACGGAAACAAGGAAAACCACAUCCUUCCAUUACAGUCAUAUUUAAAGCUAAGACAUUGGGGAGACUUUACACGGUACAUCCAAAGCAACGUGAGUGCUUCUAUUUACGUUUGUUAUUGGUGAAUGUUCCCGGACCAACGUCUUUUGAAUUUUUACGAACAGUUAAUGGUCGAGUAUUCAAUACAUACCAGGAUGCAUGUCGUGAACUGCAAUUUCUAGAAGACGAUAACCAUUGGGACUUAACGCUUGCUGAUGCUGUGUUGACAUCAACACCGAAUAACAUUCGUCAGUUGUUUGCAAUUAUUUUGACGACAUGUUAUCCCUCGCAAGCACAAACUUUGUGGGAAAAAUAUAAAAAUUGUAUGACAGAAGACAUCUUGCACCGAAUUAGACAAAUAAAUCAAUACCAAAACAUAGAUUAUACACCAGAGAUGUACAAUGAAGCAUUGGUCUUGAUCGAGGAUUUAUGUGUUCUUAUUUCAAAUUUACCACUUAAUCAUUAUGGUAUGCCAUCACCUAAUCGUCCAGCCACCGACUUAGUCAAUACCGAUUUACAACGAGAAAAUCAAUAUGACCAUGGAAGUUUAGCAACAAUUAUCAUAAACAGUGAACCAUUACUGACAGCAGAACAAAAAAUUAUUUAUGAUCGGAUUAUGCUGGCUGUUGCUGCUGAACAAGGCGGUUUUUUUUUCUUGGAUGAUCCGGUGGAACCGGUAAUACAUUUUUAA